UCGCUGCUAAUGGAGUCUGGCUUGACGCUGCCCGAGCCCCCAGCCCCCUCUGUGUCUCUCUCUGUCCCAGUGUUGCCAUUCCGACGCACAUCUCUCGCAGAGGAGCAACAGCUACGCGGAGUUGGCCAGAGUGGACUUCACAGAUUGCUCUGCGGGCAGAGAGGGCUUCGAACCCGGGUUCCCAUCAUCUAAGCCCGCGGGGCAGCAGCUCAUGAGAGGAUGCUCCCCUGGACAGAAGCUCGGUGUCGGUAAAGUCAGAUAAAGAGAAUGAGACUGAGAAAGGGCGCUCCCGUAGCAUUGCCGUUACCAACUCCAGAGGAAUAAAAGAGGGGGAUCUGACUGAAUGCAAAAAAAUAAUAUACAUCUAUACAUAUUAAAAAUCCAGAAGCGCUCUGUGUUAUUGUUAGGAUUCAUUUUGGACGGGGCGGUGAGAGCCCUCCCCACAGCUGAAGGCAUGAGAAUUGGGAGAGGAACAAAAAGCUCGGCUGCGGUGCUCCGUGUUUGAGUCUCCAUCCGUGCAUCCAUCCGUCCAUCCAUCCAUCCAUCCACCGGAGGGGGUCCAGUCUGCACACCUUUAUUCAUGUUGCAGGAGCCUGUUUUAUGACAAUGGAUUACUUGCUGUGGGUGUGCAGCCUCGUCGUCCCCGUGGUCCUGGCUGUAGAAGAAACCCUUAUGGACAGUCGGUGGGCAACCACAGAGCUGGCUUGGACCACAUUCCCGGAGAGUGGGUGGGAGGAGGUUAGCGGCUAUGACGACUCCAUGAGCCCAAUCAGAACCUACCAAGUGUGCAAUGUCCGACAGCCCAACCAGAACAACUGGCUGAGGACGGACUUUAUCCCUCGCAAGGGUGUGCUGCGUGUCUACGUGGAGCUCAAGUUCUCUGUGCGUGACUGCGCCAGCAUCCCCAACAUCCCCGGCUCCUGCAAAGAGACCUUUAAUCUGUUUUACUAUGAAUCGGAGGGGGACACCGCUACAGACACCAGCCCACUGUGGAGGGAGAACCCCUACGUGAAGGUGGACACUAUAGCCCCGGACGAGAGCUUCUCUCUGCUGGAGGCCGGCAGGAUCAACACCAAAGUGCGCAGCUUUGGCCCCCUCUCCAAGGCGGGCUUCUACCUGGCCUUCCAGGACCUGGGGGCCUGCAUGUCUCUCAUCUCAGUCAGGGUCUUCUUCAAAAAGUGCUCCACCACCAUCGCCAACUUCGCCGUCUUCCCCGAGACCGCCACGGGGGCGGAGGCCACCUCCUUGGUGAUCGCCCCGGGGGCCUGCGUGACCAACGCCAUGGAGGUUUCCGUCCCCUUGAAGCUGUACUGCAACGGGGACGGCGAGUGGAUGGUUCCCGUGGGCUCCUGCACCUGCGUCGCCGGCUUUGAACCUUCAGCAGACAGCACUCAGUGCCAGGCUUGCUUCCCCGGGACCUUCAAAUCCAAGUUCGGAGAGGGAUCCUGCGCCCCCUGCCCGUCCAACAGUCGCACCAGUGCUGGAGGAGCCAGUAUUUGUCCUUGCCAGAAUGGUUUCUACCGCUCUGACAGCGACCCCCCUGACUCUGCAUGCACCACGAUCCCCUCAGCACCUCGCAACGUCAUCUCCAGCGUGAACGAGACCUCGCUGUCCUUGGAGUGGGACGAGCCCGAGGACACCGGCGGGCGGAGCGACCUCGUCUACAACGUGGUUUGCAAGAAAUGCCUGCGAGACAGGAGCCCGUGCACGCGCUGUGACGACAACGUGGACAUCGCCCCGCGCAGGCUGGGGCUGCGCCAGAAGAAGGUGGUGGUGAGGAACCUGCAGGCCCACACCCGCUACAGCUUCGAGGUGCAGGCCGUCAACGGGGUUUCUGGGAAGAACCCCGUCUCGCCGAGCUACUCCACUGUCAACAUCACCACCAACCAAGCCGCACCUUCAGCGGUACCCACUGUCCAUCUGAUGCGCUCCACCUCAGACACUCUCAGCUUGUCGUGGCUGCCCCCCGAGAAACCCAACGGAGUCAUCCUGGACUAUGAGAUUAAAUACCACGAGAGGGGCCAGGCCAUGUUACACACGGUGACAUCGCAGCACAGCUCGGCCAAGGUGGAAGGGCUGAGGGCCGCCACGCCUUACGUGGUGCAGGUCAGGGCUCGCACUGUCGCAGGAUACGGACGCUACAGCAACCCCAUGGACUUCAGCACCAGCCUUCACAGUGACCCUCAGAAGUCAGUGCAGGACCAGCUGCCUCUCAUCAUCGGCUCGGCGUCCGCGGGUCUGGUGGUCAUUGUUGCCUUGGUGGUUAUCGCUGUUGUCUGCCUUAAGAAGCAGCAUAGCGGGUCGGAGCUGGAGUACACCGAGAAGCUGCAGCAAUACAUUUCUCCAGGGGUCAAAGUGUACAUCGACCCCUUCACCUACGAGGACCCCAACGACGCCAUCCACGAGUUCGCCAAAGAGAUAGACAUCUCCUGCGUGAAAAUAGAGGAGGUCAUCGGUGCAGGCGAGUUCGGCGAGGUGUGCCGCGGACGUCUCAAGCAGGCCGGCCGCAGGGAGAUGGUGGUGGCGAUAAAGACGCUGAAGGCCGGCUACACCGAGCGCCAGAGGCGGGACUUCCUCGCCGAGGCCUCCAUCAUGGGUCAGUUCGACCACCCCAACGUGAUCCGUCUGGAGGGCGUCCUCACGCGGAGCUGCCCCGUCCUCAUCAUCACAGAGUUCAUGGAGAACGGAGCGCUUGAUUCCUUCCUCAGGCUGAACGACGGCCGCUUCACGAUGACACAGUUGGUCGGGAUGCUGCGCGGCAUCGCUGCAGGGAUGAAGUACCUGUCAGACAUGAACUAUGUUCACCGAGACCUCGCGGCCAGAAAUAUCCUGGUCAACAGCAACUUGGUCUGCAAGGUCUCCGACUUUGGCCUGUCGCGCUUCCUGGACGACACUUCGGCCGACCCCACUUACACAAGCUCCCUGGGAGGGAAGAUUCCCAUUCGGUGGACAGCGCCGGAGGCCAUCGCCUUCAGGAAGUUCACCUCUGCCAGUGACGUGUGGAGUUACGGCAUCGUCAUGUGGGAGGUGGUGUCCUAUGGGGAGAGGCCGUAUUGGGACAUGAGCAACCAAGAUGUGAUGACGGCAGUAGAGCAGGACUACCGGCUGCCCCCGCCCAUGGACUGUCCCAUGGUGCUGCACCAGUUGAUGCUGGAGUGCUGGAUGAAGGAGAGGAACCUGAGGCCCAAAUUCUCCCGCAUCGUCAGCACCUUGGACAAGCUGCUCCGCAACGCCGGCAGCCUCAAGGUGGUGACCAGCACCUACUCAGGGGACCUGCUGCGGCUGGGAGGAACGCUGCCGGGACACAACAGGAAGAGUCCAGACGACAGCCAGGAAAUCAUCCGGCAACAGAUGAGCCAAACUCUCCCCAUCAGAGUGUGAGCCGGAGCACACAGAAGGAUACGGAAUACGAAUAAAAACUACCUAGAAACUCUGAGCGCGAAGAGUCUAAUGUAAAUUAAAAAAGAAGAAAAACAAAAGAUGGAAGCUCCAGCUCUGCAGCGAGUGAGGACAAUUUUGGAGAUUUCUUUCCCACUGGAGAUGUAAUGUCUGUUUAAAGAGGACUUUUCCAUUGCGGUGUGUGUGUGCGUGUGUGUGUGUGUGGGUGGGUGCGUGUGCUCAUUACUUGACACUUGUGGAUUCGUGACUGUUGACAUAAAGCCAAACUUCUUAAUCGCCCCCCCUUCUCAGGUUGUGUUUGCAUGUCUGCAUGUGUUUUCUGCUGGUUGGGAAUCUUUUCCUUCUCUUCACCCUCAGACCGAGGACGGACGAGCUCGCGCAGAUGAUGCGAUUCCGCGUCUAAAUGAUGCAACAGUGCCAAGAUUAAGCAAACCUUUGCUUAAACUCUAACGACAGUUUGACCUCUGCAGACCUUCAGUCCGAUCAUUUCUCCUCCUUCUUCUUCUUCUUUUUUUUUUUUUUAAUCCCAACCAAAUAUUUUUUUUUCUUUUCUUUUUUCAAGAAACCUACAGUUUUCAUCUGCUUCCUCUUAAAUACCGUCUUCCACAUGUACCGGGAGAUUUAUGUUACAAAUCUGUACAGAGCAUCCGAGUCUUCACACCGUCUCUCCGCCAGAAGAGAGAUGUAACUGACACUGUGCGGGACACAUCACGUGCAUGCCAAAGUGGAAACGUCUUCACAAGAAAAGUACUAGUUCCACGUUAACUGUUGCUUUGGUGGCAUUUUUUGCUGUACGGACUUUAACGUCCACGUUUUCUUAUUUGGUUUGAAUGAUAAGUUAUUAUCUGUUAUCGCAAAAGAGGUGUUUUUUUUGUACCUGGGCUUAACUUUUUUAUUACAAUUUUGUUUUUGUUUUUUUUCACAAACCAGACAGACAUGAAUGAGUGAAUCCAGAAUGAAACGCGCUGCUCAGACAGAUCCAUCACCUGUUAAAGAGUGGAGUGUAUCCAGCGUUUUUUAUUUUAUUUUUUGGUUUUGUUUUUGUUUUUUUUUAAAUGAAAGCCGAUUUAGUGCCAUGUUGUAUAUUUUACUUUGGCAAAUGUGUUUCAGAUCAGGGGGAAUUUUAAAAAGGUCACAAUCCAGAUGAUAGCUUCCUGACCUUAAUAUUGACCUGACCUACAAACGCCCAUGUAGAACAAACCACCCAUUCCAUACUCGGUUAAUUUCUCCUCACGUGUGUUUUCUUCAGCACGCCAGCUGUCAGCGCAGUCCCUAUUUAAAACUGACUGCCUGUAUAUAACACUAUAUUUGUAUUAGACCAAUCUGCUCAGCAUUUACACCUAUCUGACCCGACGUUGGCCUCUCUCUGACCCUUGUUUAUAUGCUUGUUUCUUUAUUGUUGCAGAGCAAACGGAUGGAGAAAUUACAGUGUAAUGGUCAUUACAUAUCUGAAACUAUAUGUCACGACGAAAGAACAAACUGUGUCUGUUAGGGCAGACUUUUACCUGUGCAAUUAAAGGUGUAUUAGAUUGUAAACAAACUAAAAAAAAAAAAAAGAAAGAAAACCCAUAAAA